AUGUUAUCAUUCGAUACUUAUUCGAACGGCCGUCCCUCCACAAUCGACACACUUCUCAGAAUGGCGCCGAGCGACGGCAUGAGCUAUGCCACUGCUCAUCAGAAACGAGUCGAAGUCGUGUUUCAGACAUUGGCCAAAGGAUUCAGAUCCUGCAUCAACCACUACCAAUCCGAAGCGACACGAUUGAAGACUGAAAUCGCCAAUGCCAAGUUGAAUGGAGACAGUCUGAGGGCUUAUAAUGAUGUGAGUUCUUUUUUAGUGUUGAUGAGGAAUAGUGAUAAUAUUGUGAAUUCAAAACAAAAGUAA